AUUUGGUGGAGUCGUUUUUGGCCUAUCGCUGUAUCCAGGCAGAGAUUUAUGGGGGCCCGACGAUUUAGAGGACAAUUCGGACAUAUAAAUCUUUCUCUCUCUUUCCUUUCUCUCUCAUUCUUUCUCCUAUUCUCACAUCCUUCUCUGGCAUUUUUCUGUUUCAUGUGAGCAAACUACAACCAUGAGUGACAAUAUGACUGGGCCUCUUGAGAGACCCAUUAAGCCAGGUCUGGAAAAAUAUGACGUUGAAAACUCUGAGGAUGAGAGGAAGACAAGGCUUGGGUCUCUCAAGAAAAAGGCGAUUAAUGCCUCAACCAAGUUUAGGCAUUCUUUCACGAAAAAGGGUAGAAGAAAUAGCAAAGUUAUGUCUGUUGCAUUUGAAGAUGAGCAUGAUGCAGAAGAAUUGCAGGCAGUGGAUGCUUUCCGUCAAGCUCUUAUCCUGGAGGAGUUGCUUCCUGCAAAACACGAUGAUUAUCCCAUGAUGCUAAGAUUUUUGAAGGCCAGGAAAUUGGACCUUGAGAAAGCAAAGCAAAUGUGGUCUGACAUGCUCCAGUGGAGAAAGGAUUUUGGCGCUGACACUGUUGCAGAGGAUUUUGAGUUCAAGGAGAGAGACGAGGUCCUCGAAUACUAUCCACAGGGACAUCAUGGGGUUGAUAAGGAUGGAAGGCCGGUAUAUAUUGAAAGACUCGGCAAAGUUGAUCCAAACAAGCUUAUGCAAGUCACAACAAUCGACCGCUACUUGAAUUACCACGUGCAGGAAUUUGAGAGAGCCUUCAAUGUCAAAUUCCCAGCUUGUUCAAUUGCAGCCAAGAAGCACAUUGAUCAGAGCACAACUAUUCUGGAUGUCCAAGGAGUGGGACUAAAACACUUCAGCAAAACGGCAAGGGAGCUUAUUCAGCAAAUUCAAAAGAUCGAUGGCGACAAUUAUCCUGAGACCCUUUGCCGUAUGUACAUUAUCAAUGCGGGUUCUGGGUUUAGGCUCUUAUGGAACACUGUUAAAUCAUUUCUGGACCCCAAGACCACCACAAAAAUUCAAGUUCUGGGCAACAAAUAUCAGAGUAAAUUGCUUGAAGUAAUUGAUUCUAGUGAGCUACCAGACUUUUUGGGUGGUACUUGUACUUGUGCAGACAAAGGCGGAUGCAUGCGUUCUGAUAAGGGCCCAUGGAAUGAUCCUGACAUAUUGAAGAUGGUCCACAAUGGCGAUGCUAAAUGUUCGACAAAGACCUUGAUUCAGGCGAUCGAUGAGAAGACUAUUUCUGAGGAUGAAAACGCAAAUCCAAAGAAUGUGAAGAAAUGUGACUCUCUUGACUCAGAAGCAAUUUCGGAUGUGCAUGGUGUGCGAUUUUGCUCUCCCAGGCUAAAGAAAGAAUACGCAGCUCAUCCACAAGUUUGUGAAGAGGUUCUUAAAUAUGAACACAAUGUGUUUGUUCCAAUGGUGGAUAAGACUCUGGAUGCUCCCUGGCCUAAAGCAGUACAAACUGACAAAUUCGCUUUCUCUAAAGGCACAUAUGGUUUCCCGGAGCAUGAUGCUUGCAAGCCGUCUCAAGGAGUAAGCAAUCAGAUUUUCACAGGGGCCAUGACCUUUGUAAUGGGGAUUGUCACUCUGAUCCGCUUGGCUCGCAACAUGCCAAGAAAGCUUACCGAUGCCACCCUCUACUCUGGUGCCAUGUUUGGCAUUGAUCCUAUGAUGAAACCCCACCAAUUACCCGCCCCCACUAUCUCCACCACCGAAUAUUUGUCCAUGAUGAAGCGCAUGGGCGAACUGGAGGAGAAGGUGACUCUUCUCAGCAACAAACCUGCAGUGAUGCCACCUGAGAAAGAGGAAAUGCUAAAUGCUGCUUUAAGGCGUGUUGAUGUCUUGGAGCAAGAGCUUUCAUCAACCAAGAAGGUUCUUGAGGAUGCCCUAGUCCGACAGGGAGAGCUCCUAGCGUAUGUUGAGAAGAAGAAGAAGAAAAAGAGAUUUUUUGGUUUCUGAUCGCAGAACCUAUUCAACUAACCCACUCUAUAUCGAAGACUCUGUAAAGGUUAGUCACGUAUCACGAAUACGUUACACUGAAGCUGGUGGCGAGAGUAUUUUCAGCCCCCCAUACCUCGUAUAGUUCUUGUUUGCUUUGGUUAAGACUCAAGUCGAAAUCAUUGUAUAGUAAUACACACUUCGACAUUCUUUUAACACUAGGUUUAACACAGUAACUAGAACGGUUGUGCAUGUUUGUUUCGGUUUAACUUAAAGCUCAUGAGUGUUAUAAUCAAAGCUUCCACUCCUGAGAUACUCUUUGCAGUUCUAAUAAAAGCAGCUGGAGAGGCACACAAAUUUCGGAAGUUUCAAAUUCCGGGCUUUACACUGUUCCUCCAACAUUUUGGACUGAAAUUAACUAACUGAUGAGAGAGAGAGAGAGAGAGAGAGAGAGAGAGAGAGAGAGAGAUCCCUCCGUUAAAAAAAAGGAAAUCUCCUGGCAGCUAAAGUUUGUCAAGCAAUGCCGUUGGAUCAAUCAGCAUGAGGAAAGGAAAAUUUGCACCCAAGAAAAAGGUUUGAAAAGCAACGUAGUCACACUCUCAUUCAUCCAAGCAUUUCAGGACAGGCUUCGUUCAAACAAGAGAAACCACAAACGUACAAGCACAAAUACAAAGCAGUAACUCCACAUAAUCAACACAGAAGUACUGUAUCUCAGUAGAAAGCCAUAUCGCUUAACGUGGCACGCUCUCUCCAAGGUUAAUGUUGGUGGGUGGGUUAACAAGUACAUACAGACACCUUUCCAACAGCCAAACAUAUCUCCAGGCCGCAUAGCCUCUCUCUCCUUCACAUCAUAUUUUACCAGCAAAACUUCUUUUUCUGCCAUAUCAGC